CCCCCCAUCCCUCUCCCUGUGCCUCUCAUAAAAGCUAAUCAAAUUCCAAAAAUUAAAUAUAAACACAUACCAAACUCAGCUCUCAGCUCUCCACUCCUCUGUCAUUCAUCACUACUCAAAAACUGCUUCAAACCAAAGCCUCAUCUCCUCCCUAGUAUUAGUUCCUCUCUCUUCUCUUCUCUUCUCUUCAUUCAAAAUUUCUCCCCUCUCUUGGGGAUUGGGGUUUUAAGGUUGAGAUGAACAACAAUAGCAUUAGUAGUGGCAUCAUGAUGAGGUACAGCAACAGCAGCAGCAGUAGUAGUAACCCGUUCACGGCGAACCAAUGGCAGGAGCUGGAGCAUCAAGCCCUCAUCUACAAGUACCUCGUCUCCGGCAUCCCUGUCCCUCCCGAUCUCCUCUUCCCCCUCAAGCGCUCCUCCUCUCUUCACCACAUGGGCGGGUGGAGCUGUUACCAUCAUCAGUACCAGCAUCCCCAGACAAUGCUGGGGUCGAGGAAGAUAGACCCUGAACCUGGGAGGUGCAGGAGGACGGACGGGAAGAAGUGGCGGUGCUCGAAGGAGGCGUUCCCCGACUCCAAGUACUGCGAGCGCCACAUGCAUCGAGGCAAGAACCGUUCAAGAAAGCAUGUGGAACAACAACAGCAACUCAUCUCUUCCACUGCUAGUACUACCGCCACCACGAUGGCUAACCAGUUGACGGGCAGGAGCAGUAGUCUGUACUCCCUCGACUCUAAUGCUGCUCUUUCGCGGCCUCAUCAUCACUCUUCGGUCCUCUCCGACCACAACUAUUUCCUCGACUCGGGAUCGUCCUACUCUCAGCUCAACUCCGACUACAGGUAUGCUGCUUAUGGGAUGAAAGAGGAAGUCGACGAGCACGCCUUCUUCUCGGAGCCUUCAGGGACGAUGAGGAACUUCUCAACGGCUUCAUCGAUGGAGGACUCUUGGCAGCAUACCCCGCUCACGAUGAGCUUCUCCUCCUCUUCUUCCGCCAGGUCCAGGCAGAGCGCCGACUACCCCUACUUGCAGCUCCAGAGCCUCGGGGACUACCCGAAGCAGGAGAGCAAGCCAUCGAACCAUCACUACUUGUACACUCUGGGGACCGUUGACAACGUGCCCGUGAAGCACGAGAGGGAGCAAGAAGAUGAGCCCCACAAGACCAUCCACCGGUUCUUCGACGAGGAGCCCAUCAGAGGAGGCAGCAGAGAUUCCUGGAUCGACCCAGAUGAGAAGUCGUCCAACAGCUCGACUACCAGGCUGUCAAUCUCGAUGCCUUCCUCAUCCUCGAACGAUCGCUUUCCCUAGCUGUUCAGUUCGAGAAGAGACAAUGAUGAGUGAUUGGAGACCCUCUUCCUCUGGUUAACAUUAUAUUUAACUUAGAAUUUCUUAUUUGUUAAUAGCAUGGCCAUGGCAAUGCAGAUGGUUGAGUUUGGAGAGGUAAUGUGGGCUCCCACCGAGCCGGAAGGAUAAUGUGCUCCGGAAUUUCUACGUAAGGAUCUGAUUAUCUGAUCAGUUUCCGUUCCGCAGAGAAUGAGUUUACAAUUAAAAACUGGGUUACAUUUUGAGUGGAUUCAAUGCUGGUUGGUUCUUUUUUGGAGGGAUCCAAUGGUAUAUGUAUGUAUGUGUGGGCAUCAGGGUCUUCUAUGUCGGUCCAAGUGGUUCUUUUGUCCAUGAAAAUACAUACAUCUAUAUAUAUAUAUAUAUAUAUAUAUAUAUGAUAUGAUACUGAGGAUAUGUACUGGGAGUUGAGAUGGAUGGAUGAAUGGAUGCAAUUGAAGGGGUUGUGGGCUGAGGGGUUUGAAUGUUAGUGAGAGCCAAGAUCUCUUUUUCAAGUGUUUCAUUUCAUGGGUAGGUAGGUGACACCUAAAUACAAUGUCUGAUUUGAGGAGUA